CGGCGGCCGAGUGGGAACUCCCUCAGAGAGAGAGAGAGGAAGCUGUGACACUGACACACACUGUCGUUCAGCAGAACAUACAUGUUGGUCAGAACACGCUGUGACAUCAUCGUGACAUGAGUGGCCACACGAACAGGUGCUACAGAUUCCUCUUAAGACAUACCUGAAGACAACUUGAGGUACUUUGAGACACCUGGAGUCACCUGAAGACACCUGGAGUAACCCGAAGACACCUGGAGUAACCGGAAGACACCUGGAGUCACCUGAAGACACCUUGAGGUACUUUGAGACACCUGGAGUCACCCAAAGACACCUGGAGUAACCCAAAGACACCUGGAGUCACCCAAAGACACCUGGAGUCUCCUGAAGACACCUGGAGUCACCCGAAGACACCUGGAGUCACCCGAAGAAACCUGGAGUCUCCUGAAGACACCUGGAGUCACCCAAAGACACCUGGAGUCACCCAAAGACACCUGGAGUCUCCUGAAGACACCUGGAGUCUCCUGAAGACACCUGGAGUCACCCAAAGACACCUGGAGUCACCCAAAGACACCUGGAGUCACCCAAAGACACCUGGAGUCUCCUGAAGACACCUGGAGUCACCCGAAGACACCUGGAGUCACCUGAAGAAACCUGGAGUAACCUGAAGAAACCUUGAGGUACUUUGAGACACCUGGAUUAACCUGAAGACACCUGGAGGUACUUUGAGACACCUGGAGUCCCCUGAAGACACCUUGAGGUACUUUGAGACACCUGGAGUAACCUGAAGACACCUGGAGUCCUCUGAAGACACCUUGAGGUACUUUGAGACACCUGGAGUCACCUGAAGACAUCUACAUGUACUUUGAGAAGUCAGGGUCAGCUGGUGAAAACUAACAUGGAGGACAGCAGUGAUGGAGGUCGUCAGUGGAGGUCAGUGAGGCUUUCAGUGUGGACGCAGCUCAAAGUUGUGGAACUUGUAGAAGAAUAACAGAACCACAGCUCUUUGUCCCCCCCACCACCACCACCACUGCCACUGCCACACACACACACACACACGAACACAUCAAGGUGGGGUAGCCUGAGUGGGCGUGUCACUUGGCUUCACUUACAACAAACAGAGGAACAAUGGAGCCCCGCCCCUUAUCAGGUGAAUCAGAGCGGUCAGACUGGUUGCUGUGGGGGCCCUGUAGGGGUCUCAGACCCCCCCAACAUCAAGGAUAUGGAGCUGAGGGAGGAGUGGCAGGAUGACGGGUUCCCCAGGCCUCUCCCAGAGGAUUGUGGGAGUGUGGAAGCAGAUUGUCCAUCUGGAGUAGCCCAGUCCACCAGCCUCGCCCUGUCAGGUACGGCUGUGGGAGGGGCUAAGAAGCGCUUGGCGGCCCCGACUCUCAGCCUGACUCUGAGCCGCGGAGAUUCUCAUGACCCCAGUAACGACGGCUUCUCGGCUGCAGCUCUGUCAGCGACGCCAGACGACACACCGUCACUGGACAUCAACCUGGAGGCGCUGGAGACGCCGUCGGGCAGUGAGACCGGAACUCUGCCGGACAGCGGCGAGCUGGAGUGGGAUGAUGACCUCUCCCAGAUGGGCAGGGGCGGGGCGGUGGGCGUGGUCAGAAGCCCUGUGGACCAAUCGGAAGGUUUGAUGGGACUGGACCAGGUAGACAGCAGGGGGCGUCGAUGGAGGAAGUUCUGUAUCUCCGGGCAGGAAUAUCAGGUUAACAUGAGUGUCCUGGAGCCAUACCUGCAGGUCCUGUCGCAUGGAGGUUACUAUGGAGACGGGAUGAACGCCAUCAUCCUGUUCACUUCCUGUUUCCUGCCGGAGAACACGGUGGACGACUAUGAGUACGUCAUGGACAACUUGUUCAGGUACAUAUUGGGGACGUUGGAUCUGAUGGUCUCAGAGAACUACCUGCUUGUGUACCUGUGUGCGAUGGCGCCGAGAAACAAACUUCCCUCCAUCAAGUGGCUUCAUCACUGUUACACAUCCAUUGACAGAAGGCUGAAGAAGGAUCUCAAGGGGCUGCUGGUGGUUCAUCCUUCCUGGUACAUGAAGGCUCUGAUCACUGUGGUCAAACCGUUCAUCAGUGACAAGUUCAGCAGGAAGAUUCGUUUUGUUCAGAGUCUCCAGCAGCUGUCGCAGCUCAUCCCCACCGAGCGGCUGCAGAUCCCCGACGCCAUCCGCCUGUUCGAUGACAAACUGAACAGAUGAGAACCGACUCAGCUCGUUGGACGUGAUGGAAGCUAAAUGUCAGAGAUCGCUGUUUCCGGCUGACCUUUGACCCUCUGUGUAUUUGUACAGUGUCGUAUGGGGGGUGGGGGUGUUUGUAAAUCAGUGACUGUAAAUAAAGUUGAUUUAAACGUGGUUUGAAGUUAGUGUGGACUUGAAACAGAUGAAAACAUGAUGAUGUCACAGUGGAGCCGACCUUUGACCUACAGGAUCAGGUCAUUUGAAACGUUUGUUCCAGAUGUUUCUAAGCAGCUGGAGGAAAGAGGCUCCGAUGACAUAGACUUUCUCUUCCUGACUGGUUCUUAUCAGUCACAUGACUUGACUACCAGCAAAGCCUCACAACAUUAAGUCAAAGUCAUAGAAUCCCCCUGACCUCUGACCUCCAGGCGUCAGGACUGUCUGUGACACAUACAGGGAGUUAUAAAGGACUUUAACUUUAUUCCAACAUGGCGUCGACGUGUCAGUGAAUCGU